CUCCCAAUCCUCACGCACGACGACGCCACCAGAGUGUCGGGAAUCCCCCACUCUUUUUCCUCUCUUCUCCCCGGCCUCCCCGAGAAGAAGAGGAACAAUGGGCAGAUUCACCAACUUCCUCUGCUUGGCCAUGGCCGCCCUGCUCUUCCUCCCCCUCUGCUUCUCUCGAUCGCUGAUCGAAGAGCAGAACUUCAAGGUGGCUAACUCCGCCUGCGAUGGCACCCUGUACCCUGAGCUCUGUGUCUCAACCCUCUCCACCCUCCCCAACCUCGCCAAGAAGAGCCUCCCCGACAUGAUCUGCCACACCGUGGAGACCGUCGAGAAGGAUGUCGAGCAGUCAUCCUCUAGCUGCAACUCCAUCUACAGGAAGCGGAAGCUCGACUUCCGGCAGAGGGUUGCCCUCGCCGACUGCAAGGAGCUCUUCUCGGACACUCUCGCGGAGCUCAACAUCACCGUCAAGGACCUCAGGUCCGUCAUCAACUCCAACCGCUCUGACGAGGCUCUGACCCUCUUGAGCGCGGCCAUGACCAACCAGUACACUUGCUUGGAUGGGUUCGCCUACAGCAAUCACUCUAUCCGGCAUUUCAUAGAGGGCGGGCUCUAUAACAUCUCCAAGCUCUUGAGCAACUCCCUCGCCUUGGCGCACAAGAUCACGCCCAACAAGACCAAGUCCGCGGAGGUCUACGAGCAGGGGAAGGACGGGUUCCCCAAGUGGAUGUCGGCCGGCGACCGGCGUCUGCUGCAGACGACCGCCAGCGGCAUAAAGGCCGACGUGGUGGUGGCCAAGGACGGAAGCGGCAAGUACACGACGGUGUCGGCGGCUGUCGCGGCGGCCCCUAGCAGCAGCAAGAGUAGGUACGUCAUAUACAUCAAGGCCGGCACCUACAAUGAGGUGGUGGACGUGCCCAAGGGCAAGACCAACCUCAUGUUCAUUGGGGAUGGCAUCGGAAAGACUGUGAUCACGGGAAACCGCAACGUCAAGGACGGAUGGACCACCUUCCGGUCCGCCACCGUCGCUGUGGUGGGGAACGGGUUCAUUGCCAGGGACAUCACUUUCCAGAACACGGCGGGAGCGAGCAAGCACCAGGCCGUGGCUCUCCGGGUGGGUUCCGACCUCUCGGCCUUUUACCGCUGCAGCUUUGUCGGGUACCAGGAUACUCUGUACGUCCACUCCCUCCGGCAGUUUUACAGGGAGUGUGACAUCUACGGCACCGUCGACUUCAUCUUCGGCAAUGCAGCCGUCGUCUUUCAGAGCUGCAACCUCUAUGCCCGUCGACCCGACGCAGGGCAGAAGAACAUCUACACCGCACAGGGGAGGGAGGACCCGAACCAGAACACCGGCAUCUCGAUCCAGAACUGCAAGCUCUCGGCCUCGUCCGACCUCGCAGCCGUCAAGUCGAGCUUCAAGACCUACCUGGGGAGGCCGUGGAAGCAGUACUCUCGGACCGUGGUCAUGCAAUCUCAGAUCGAUGAUGUGGUGGACCCUGCCGGAUGGCUUGAGUGGUCCGGCAACUUCGCGCUCAGCACCCUGUUCUAUGGGGAGUACCUGAACCGGGGUGCCGGCGCCGGCACCUCGAGCAGGGUUAAAUGGCCCGGCUACAGGGUGCUUUCCGCCUCUGCGGCCAGCCAAUUCACCGUCGACAACUUUAUUGGCGGGAGUAACUGGCUCCCUGCCACCGGCGUUCCAUUCUCGGCCGGCAUGUGAUCGCUGCCGCGUGUAAUCUCUUUCGAGUUGUCAGUGCAGUAGUUCGUCACCGUCAGCUGGCUGCUCCUCCUCUUUUCUGCACCGGCCGGCGUAAGAAAUUUUACUACUUCUGUGGUGCUUUCCCCAUCGUCGUUUCCGCCUGUUUGUUUUACUAAUGUCUGAAUUUAAAUGAAACCCAGCCCCUCUUCGCCUUUCUCUAUAUUCUCUUCUGCUGCCAAACAUAGGGGCGCAACACGCGUCUAUGGUGUACUACCUUAUUAUUGCAGAGUAACUGUAUUGUGGCUAUUUCA